UUUUUAUAGGUAUUUGAUUGUCAAAUAAGAAAAUUGCUGUCAAAAUAAAUCGUGAUUUCAUUUCUAAUUUAUAUUAAUUUAUCGAUUAAAUAGAACAAUGAUAAAACUUUUUUCUUUAAAACAACAAAAGAAAGAUGAAGAGGGCUCAGCAAGAGCAGGCGGGUCACAAAAGAAAGCAUCAGCAGCCCAGUUGCGAAUCACAAAAGAUUUGAAUGAACUGAAUCUACCCAAAACCUGCUGCACAGAAUUCCCUGAUCCAGAUGAUCUACUUAAUUUUAAAUUAAUCAUAUGUCCAGAUGAAGGAUUUUACAGAGGGGGCCGAUUCAUAUUUAGUUUUAAGGUAGGACCUAACUAUCCACAUGAGCCGCCUAAAGUGAAAUGCGAGACUGCUGUAUACCAUCCCAACAUUGAUCUCGAAGGCAAUGUCUGUUUGAAUAUACUCAGGGAAGACUGGAAACCAGUGCUAACGGUCAACUCUAUAGUUUAUGGACUUCAAUAUUUAUUCCUGGAACCAAAUCCCGAAGACCCCCUGAACAAAGAAGCAGCAGACGAACUACAAAGCAACCGCAGACUUUUCGAACAGCACGUGCAACGGGCCAUGCGAGGCGGCUACGUCGGCUCCUCCUACUUCGAACGGUGUCUCAAAUGAACCCAUGACUGUAAAUUAAUGCUACCAACCCAAUAUAAAUAAUACAAUCUCACUUUAUUCUUUAA